UCAAGGCGUACAUUUGAGUACAUUGUUCGAGUGAUUGGCCCAGAUUUGACGAAGAGAGGCACAAGAUUGCGCCAAUGUAUCCACGUAAACAAGCGAGUGGCGGUAGCGUUAUGGCGCCUAGCUACUGGAGACACGUGUAGAUUGACUGGGCUGCAAUUUGGCAUUGGAAGGUGUACAGCUAUGUUGAUAACACACGAUUUUUGUGAAGCAAUUGCCCAACGGGCCACAGAAUUUAUUAAAUUUCCAGCGACUGAGCAAAAGGUGCUACAAAGCAUUCGCUUGUUCACAAACAAGUCCUCAUUCCCGCAAGUGGUAAGAGCAAUUGGUGGUAG